AUGGACAGAGACAGGAGAGGAAGAGGAGGGAGAGGAAGGAGAGGAAAUCGUGGUGGAGAGGUACGAAAUUGUAACCCUAUAAGGGAGAGUGGGAUAUGUUGAGCCACCCCCUGCUGCUUGGAAUCAAUUCAUUCAAACAGCUUUUUAUCAGUUAUAUGCAAUAAUAAGAAGAAUUAUUGUACCAGUUGAAUAACAUAUAAUAGAUAAAAAUACACAUGAAUGUGAAGAAGUGACUUAUUUAGGGAGAGAGAGGGUGAGAGAGGGCUGGGGUGGAGAGUAGGGGUGUAGUAGGAAUACAGCUCAACUUACCCCACUCCUUACCCCGUGUGUGGGGUAAGUUGACCAUAGGAGACCACUUUUUUUGGCAUGCUAUAUUAUCAAGUCAGUUAUGUUUACACUCAUUCUGUUAGUUUGCAGAGAUGCACAACACCGUGAAAUAUAUGCAGAUACACGAGUUAGAGACAAAACUAUGAUUGCCUUGAUGUAGUGAUCCGAAAUAGGAAAAAUGGUUCAUCUUACCCCACUCUCCCCUAUUGAUAUUUUCCUUUUCCUUUUGGCAAAUAUUCAGAGAUUUGUUUAUUCUGACAUCUCUUAGUGACAAGCUCUCUCUCUCACUUUAAUAAUGUCUCCUCCUUAAUAGGACAGAGAUGUACGCUUGUCUAAAUCCAUGUCCUAUGUUCUUCGCCACGGGGCAAACCAGAUGGGUCUCCACAUGGGCACAGGUGAGCACUUCACAAUACCUUUACAAUAGGCUCUGAGUGACACACUUUCUCUUAACUAGUGCAUUCCGACUCUUCGACAACAUUCCUCUAAUUAAUUCUAAAUUCAUAGGUACCAUAAACUGUAGAUUUAUAUGGUAAAUGGUGAAUAGGCUGCAUUUAUAUACCACUGUUUUUUUGUCCUCUAACCACUCAAAGAGUCAUUAACACCACGUACACAUUCACCCAAUUACAGUACAUUCACACACUGACAAACUGCAUUGUAAGUGCCAGAGAGAUUGUGCCUGAGUCCACCCCCUCUGUUCAGAGAAGGUUUCUCCAGCCUGGUAAAGAUGGCUUCUUUAACUCCUCUUUCAAACCAUCUGUCCUUCUAAAGUGAUUUUAGAAAUAUACUGAUUAUACUGUAAGUGCGAUUAGAGAUACAUUUAAUGGGCCCCAAGAAAAAGUACUACUUGACCUGAUGUUUAAUAUUGCUUUAACCACUAACUCUUGCUUAAGUCAUUCCUUCUACACCAGCGACUGUAUUCUAUGAAGCUCAAAAUGCUGUAAGACUUGCAGACUAAGUUUUUAAACUUCUUACAGAUGGCUUCAUGUUUGUGGAGGAGCUCCUAGCUCACCCACAGUUCAGCUCAUACUCACUGACAGAUGUAGAAAGAGUCGUGGCCAAUAAUGACAAGAAGCGCUUUAAACUCUGCCCUCACCCAGAGGAUGGUCGUCUACAGAUUCGAGCCAGUCAAGGCCAUACAGUACAGGUAUGCAAGGCAGUAAAUCAGGAUGAAGUGUGUGCAUUUUUUGAAGGAUAUUUGAUUUUUCCAACAAAGCAUUAUCUCAUGAUGCACUUUCCAUCUGAAUACAGAUACACGUGUUGUAUGUACGUGUUGAGAGUCUUCUUUUUGGUCAGCUAUCAUGAUAAAUCAGGAACAGAAACACUGCAGCACAGAGACACAGAGAGUUUCAGUGUAAGAGUAUGUAGAUAGCAAGUAUCAGAUACCAAUAAAGGUCUAAUACACCAAUCUACAAUUACCCAAUGCUUUAAAUGCAGGCUUUCAGUUUUAAUCUAGACAUAAUGACUGCAAUACUGAGUGAAUGGUGUACAAUCUGAAGACGAUUUUAUCCAGAGACCGCACAUUCCAGGGUCUCAAAAGUAGACGGGCAAACUAAAACAAUAUAAAAUGAAGCUGCCGCACUUAUUAUUACAGUAUCUACUAAUACAUUCUGCUUUCUCCUGUUUAUAAAUGAAAUACAGAGCAAAUCUGUAUGAGUCCUUGUUGUCCCUGACAAUGCACUCAAGUAUAAUUUACACAAUCUACACAUUCAGAACAUCAAUUUCAAUCUCAUUUCCAGGUGACAUAUGUUUGUUCCUCUGGCAGCAAAUUGAAGUGAAAAAUUGAAUUUGAGUCAUCUUAAUUAAGUACAAUCAGUGCAGAGUGAAGGUGUAAAAGUACAUCUGAGGAUAGAACACUUGAGCUUUGAUGCAUCCUCAACUUUAAUUGCAUUUACUUUAUUGCUGUUUAUAUUCCUCUUAAAUCUUUGCAGAUGCAUUUGCUUUCAAAAGUCACACCAUUUCAGAAAAUGAGAUGUAUAUUAACCCUUGGCUUUCAUCUGUAGAUUUCUCAAUGAGAUUCGUGACAAAACAGUUUUUUUUUGUUUUUAAGGAUUUAAUUUGGUUGUAAAAUCCACUCAUAUGCCCUUUUUCUUAAACCCUGUCUUAAUACUGGUUGCAUAAAUAUGUUCAGGUACAGGACUUGGAGCUAAAACCAGUCCUGGCUGGUUCUUCUGACUGUCCUGCGGAGGCUGUUCAUGGCACCUAUCUCCGCUACUGGAGCUCCAUCCAGCAGCAGGGCCUGAGCCGCAUGAAGAGAACGCACAUCCACCUGGCACCCGGCCUGCCAGAGGAGGAUGGAGUCAUUAGCGGUAAACUGUUUUUGUGUGUGUGAGAGAGAGAGAGUUGGGGACCAGAGUGUGUUGGUGCUGACAGCUUAACAUUUUGACAAAUAGGUUCUACUCUGUCAUUUAUCUCCCUGCCAGGCAUGAGGAGAGACUGUGAAAUUGCAGUGUAUAUUGAUGUCCCUAAAGCUCUUGCUGGUAAAGUCCGCACCUGAUAAGCACUGCCAAAUAUACUCAAUACAGCCUCUGUGUAUACCAAGAAGCUCUCUUACAUAUUUUUCAUGUACAGAUGGUAUUCAGUUCUUCUGGUCAGAAAACGGCGUAUUGCUGACUACAGGCAACGCAGAGGGGAAACUCCCUCCUAAAUACUUCAGCCAAGCCUUAAGACUGAGACCUACAAGUAAGGGAAAAAAUCAAUUCUUAUCCUUUACAGCUUGAUUCAAGGAAUAAACAUACUUUGUUCUAUUUUUCAGGAAGUAUCCUGCCACUGCAGUAA